UGGUGUGUGAGAAUAUCUCUACUAAUCUUUUGACAGGUAGUUUUACGGUAGUUUAUUGUAUUUUCUAACUGUUUAAUAUCAUCAACGAAAAAAUAAAAAAUACAACAAGUAAAAUUGAUCCAAUAUAAAGUGACAUAUAACAUAUGAUAUAAUAAUAAUAUUAUAUUUAUAGUAAAUAAAAAUAGUUGACAAUUAAAUUCUUCAUCAUUCUCGACUUAAAAAGCCAAGUGAUUGAAAACGAGUCAAUUUUUCGUGUUCGCCAUUGGCCAUUGUCUCUGACAUGGAAGCCCAGCAAAAUGGCAGAAGUUGUGCAGAUGUUUUUAUUUCUAUUUAAAUCAAAAUAUCGUCGAAAAUAUCUGUCACAUUAUGAUAAUAUAUCCAAGUAUAUUAUUACCUAUCCGUUGUUAUGGGCUGUGAUUGUUUUGUUAAUUUUAUUUGGAGUUAUUACAACAACAACAGCAGCAUCAUCAUCUUCAUCAUCAUCAUCAUCAUCAACAACAUCCGGUCUAGAAAUUAUAAGUUGUACUCUAGACAAUUGUAUCAACGGUGACUGUGUCAAUGGUAGCUGUAUUUGUCAUGAUGGAUGGCAAGGUUCAGCAUGUCAACACUGCAGUGGUAAAGUCAAACUUACAGCACCAUCAGGAAGUAUUCAUGAUGGCGUUGGUAAUUACACAACAGAUGUUAAAUGUUCAUGGCUAAUUGAGAGUAGUCCAAAUUCAUCAAUACGAAUGCAUAUUGAAGAAUUUGCAACAGAAUGUGGCUGGGAUCAUUUAUAUAUUUAUGAUGGUGAUAGUGUUGAAGCACCAUUACUUGGUAUAUUUACUGGUUUAAUGCAUAAAGAUGGUUAUCACAUACGUCGUGUACCAGAAAUCAUUGCAAAAUCUGGUACUGUCUUCCUACAUUUUUAUUCUGAUGUUGCAUAUAACAUGAGUGGUUUUAAUAUAUCAUACAAAGUUAAUGCAUGUCCAAGCAGAUAUUCACAUACUGAUUGUUCUGGUCAUGGUGCAUGUAUUGAUGGUACAUGUACAUGUGAUGGUAUGUGGACUGGUGAAGCAUGUGAUUCACCAGUAUGUCCAAAUAAUUGUACACAUCAACAUGAACAAGGUGAAUGUAAUCCAGAACGACAUCAAUGUGAUUGUUUACCUGGUUUUAAAGGACCAGAUUGUAGUCAAAAAAUUGAACGUGGUUAUUGGGAAACAAUAACAUAUGAUGAUUAUUUACCAGAUGGUUCAGCAAGUCAUUGUUCAAUAGUAUGGCGUGAUUCAUUAUAUAUUGUUGGUGGUGAAAGUUUUCAUAAAUCAAAAAUGAUAUAUGUUUAUGAUUUUAAUGGUAAUGUUUGGGAAACACCACAUAUUGAAGGUACAUAUCCAUUAUCACGUUAUGCACAUUCAUGUGUAUUAUUUGGUGAUAAAAUAUUUAUGUAUGGUGGUGUUAAAGAUAAUACAACAUUUACUAAUGAAAUUUGGGCAUUUGAUAUAUCAGCAAAAAUAUGGGAAAAUGUUACAGUUAAAAGUAAUUGUAAUAAUAAUAAUAAUAUUGCUGCUAAUAAAACAAUGUCAAUGACAAUGUGUGGACCAUUAAAUGUUGCUGGACAUACAGCAACUUUAAUACAUGAUAGUCAUGAUAAAAAUGAAAAAAUGGUUGUUAUAUUUGGUCAUUCACCACAAUAUGGUUAUUUAAAUACAGUACAAGAAUAUUAUUUUGGUACACGUGAAUGGAAAAUAAUUGAUACAAUUGGUUUUCCAGUAAAAGGUGGAUAUGGACAUAGUUCAGCACAUGAUAAAUUAACAAAUUUAAUAUAUGUUUAUGGUGGUUAUGUAUCUGAAUCACAAAGUACACAAGCAUUAACAAAUCGUAUAUAUUCAUAUAAUCCAAAUAGUCAUGUAUGGCGUUUAUUAACAUCAGCACCAUCAGCACGUUUUUUUCAUACUGGUAUAUUUGUUAGUGAUGGUUUAAUGUUAAUAUUUGGUGGUAAUACACAUAAUGAUACAAUACAUUCACAUGGUGCACGUUGUUAUUCAGCAGAUACAAUUGCAUAUGAUGUUACAUGUGAUUCAUGGCAUUAUUAUUCAAUGCCACGUGAAAUGUCAGAUUUACCAAGAUAUGGACAUAGUGCAAAUGUAUUUCAAAAAUCAAUAUAUAUUUAUGGUGGUUUUGAUGGACAAAUAUUAUCUGAUAUGAUUAAAUAUACACCUGGUAAUUGUCAACAUUUAUUAACACAAAGUCAAUGUCUUAUAUCAAGAACUGGUACAAAAUGUAUAUGGGAUAAAAGACAAGAUCGUUGUGUUGAAUAUAAUAAAAAAAUUAUACAUAUUGAUAAUUAUGAUACAACAUAUACAUAUAUACGUUGUCCAGAUGAUAAUCAACAACCACGUGGUAUGACAUCACCAGAAGAAUUAUGUAAAUUAUUUAAAGAUUGUUCAGCAUGUGUACAAAAUUCAUAUGAUUGUUCAUGGUGUGGUAAAAAUUGUGCAUAUGAAAUAUGUAGACGUGGUGGUGGUAGCGGUGAUGAACCACCAAUUGUUGGUAUAACAACAUUAGAACAAUGUGAUUUAUAUUCUGGUAUUGAAUGUUAUCAAUUACAUACAUGUCAUGCAUGUACAAGUAAUCCACAUUGUAUGUGGGCAUGGCCAAAUGGUAAUGACAGAUGUAAACCACUUAUGAAAAUUAAAGAUACAUUUAUAUUAAAUAAUAAUAAUAACAAUUAUAAUCAUCAUCAUCAUAGCAGCAGUAAUAGUAAUAAUAAUAAUAUGAAAAAUUACAACAUGAAAAAUUACAACAACAAUAAUAAUUAUAGUUUAAAUAAUAAUAAUAAUAAUAAUAAUGGAAUACAAGCACAACCAUUGACAAUGGAAUCAUGUAAAACAUAUACACCAUGUGUUGAUUGGACAUCUUGUCGUAAUUGUACAGAAUUUGAUUGUAUAUGGUGUCAAAAUGAAAAUAAAUGUGUUGAUAAAAAUGCAUAUCCAGUUAGUUUUCCAUAUGGACAAUGUCGUGAAUGGACAACAAGUGAAUCAAGUUGUCGUGAUACAAAUAAUGGUAAAGAAUGGUGUAAUUUUUAUGAUUCAUGUUUAGAUUGUAGAUCUGAUCCUGGUUGUGGUUGGUGUGAUGAUGGUUCUAAAACAGGCAAAGGUAAAUGUAUGUCUGGUGGUUCAAAAGGACCAAAUACAAAUUUAAAAAAUAAUUAUUGUAAAAUAAAUCAAUGGUUUUUUACAAGUUGUCCAGUAUGUCAAUGUAAUGGACAUAGUACUUGUAUUGGUGAUAGUAAUGAAUGUAUUAAACCAUGUGGUAAUUUAACACGUGGUAUACAUUGUGAUAAAUGUAUGCCUGGUUAUUAUGGUAGUCCACUUAAUGGUGCAACAUGUCAACCUUGUUCUUGCAAUGAUCAAGGUACUGAAUGUACUAGUGAAACUGGUAAAUGUUAUUGUACAACUAAAGGAAUUAUUGGUGAUCAUUGUGAACGUUGCGAUAUAUCUAGUCUUUAUGAAGGUGAUCCAACAAGGGGUUCUUGUUUUUAUCAAUUGGCUAUUGAUUAUCAAUUUACAUUUAAUCUUAGUAAAAAAGAAGAUCGUCAUUAUAGAGCAAUUAAUUUUAAAAAUUCACCAUCAAAACCAGAUGUUGAUGCUGAAUUUUCAAUAGCAUGCUCAGUACUUGCUAAAAUGAAUAUAACAAUGAGAAAAGCAAAUCGUCCAGAACAACCAUUAUUACUUGGUGCAAAUUGUACAACAUAUAAAUAUCGUUUUAGUAAAGCUGAUUAUAAUUUUGCAACUGGUGAAAGUAAUACAACAUUUUAUGUAUAUGUUUAUGAUUUUCAACCACCAUUAUGGAUACAAAUAUCAUUUUCACAAUAUUCAAAGUUAAAUCUACAGCAGUUUUUCAUAACAUUUUCUACAGAUUAUAUGACUCCACACAGGUGCUUCCUUGCAUUAUUAAUGGUUGCUGCAAUAUUAUGGAAAAUAAAACAAAAAUAUGACAUGUAUCGUAGACGACAACGUUUAUUUGUUGAAAUGCAACAAAUGGCUAGUCGUGCAUUUAGUCAAGUACUUGUUGAAAUAAAUAUACGUGAUGUAUCAAAUGAAGUAUUGAAAAAUGAACAAGAACUUAAUGGUAACACAAGACAUAAAAAAAAAAAGGAUUUUCAAGAUGCACCAAGUCCCAUUGCAUUAGAACCUUGUUGUGGUAAUAGAGCAGCAGUUUUAUCUCUACUUGUUAGACUUCCAACUGGUGAUGAACUUUAUACACCAGCUGGACAAAGUGCUGGUUUAGCAGUUGCAUCAGCACUUGUUACAUUAGGUAGUCCAAGAAGACCAUCACAAGAAUUAACAGCAAAAGAACCAAAAAAAACACGUAAAUCAGCCAGUCAACAUCCAGAUUCAACCUGCAUUUAGCAGUAGUAUAACAAUUAAACAGGUAAUUAGAUUUAUUUCACCAUCUGUGCAUUCAUUCAGUGUUAUUUAUUUUAUUUUUUUAUUUUUCCCUCAUUGCAAUACCAAGAGAGCAACUAAAA